GUCUUAACGAUUCGAGAACAUAAUGCUUGUCAUUUUCGUAUUGCAUUUGGUCAACCGUAUGGUUUGUUGUCCCUGUUCGAGUGUUUUGAGGCUUGCAUUCAUGAAUGGUUAACUAUUCAGUGUAGAAGCGAUUAUGGGUUUUUAUUCAUCUCAAGGUGUUGAAAUCAAUUAUUCGGGUUUUUCAGGAAUUAUCAAAAUCUGUUGGGAGGCAUUAUUUUUUACCAAUCUUAAUUUGGUAGGGAAAAUCGCCAAUUGUUGCGGUUUAGGAAGCAGACUGAGCAACACUGAAUAAAAUUUUAAAAAGACCAUAUUUUGACUCGAACUGUUUAAUUAAUUCAGUAUAACCUAGCUUUCCAAAAUGCAAUUUAAAUUUAAAUGUUUCUAUAACAUCACACCGACCAUUGCAUAAGUUUUUUUUUUGCAACCUCCCUCACUAGACAUAACAUCUCCACAAGAUCGCAUAAUCAAAACUGGUUCAGACGAAUUUUGCGAAGAAAGCUCAAAAUUGAAAUUAUCAUAAUGUAUAAAAGCGGCAACCUUUUCCGUGCGGAAGCAUCAGUAUUCACCUGAAACUUGUCGCGAAAAUGCCUUCUUCGACAAAAGGCUUAACCUCCGUGCUGAUGCUGCUUGUACUAUCGGGGACAGUGUGCGGAGACUUUGGACUAAACAUCACCGUUCCGAACCUGGUAACGAAUGUAACCAGCGCCGUUGGAUCAGGAAUAGUGCCUCUGGUGAAAGCAGACGCAUCAAUCGGAUCAGAAGUGGUUCAGGACGGUUCCGGUGCGGUAGUGGUUCUGAUCGAUUCAAUUAAGGACAUUAUUUAUCCGCUGAACAAACUUUUGGGCCACGUGUUGGCCGCUGUGAGAAGCAAAAAUAAGGACAGUAAGGUGAUUUUUAGUGAGCUGGAUAAACUGAGCGAUGAGACGAAAAUGGCUUUGGAGACGGCGGCCGUAAGUGUGGGAGGUUUGGAAAAUGUAACCAAACCGGCGAUACUCGCCCAAAUGCAGGAUAAUGUCACGGAGCUUUCUGAAAAUGUGGACAACGUGAAAUCAUCGCUGGCCAGUCUUUCUAGUGCCGUUGAAGAAGUGAGAAACUCUAUGGAACCAAUUACUUCGGAAAAUGUGUCGUCAAUAAUUACUCCAGAUAUGGUUGAUAAUCUGGCCAAUCCUUUGAGAAUGAUUUCAACAGAUCUCAACGACAUUUCAACAUUAACAAUGAUGGUAGUGAUGGCCGAAAAGUUUGCAAUUGAUAACAGAAAGCAAGUGGCAAAUUCGCUUGCUUCGAAACAGAAAACCUUCAAAGCUAUUGCUUUGGAUGGGUUAAUGCGAUCAAUCAGUGAUGUUAACAAUAACAUUGAAUCGAUGGCCUCAAAUUUAAAGAACAAUGUCAAACAGACCUAUACUCCUCUUGUGAAUCAACAACAAGAUGACCAAAGAACACUUUCAACAUUAUCCGUUUAUCUGGAUACAUUGGAAAACUCCACAACGAACUUUGUUCAAAGCACCAAUGAAAGCUUGGUCACACUCUUCGACUUCACCAAUCAAACCCUUGUAAACCAGAGUCUACUCAUCGGGGAAAUGAUAAUGCAAGCAGCGGCCAAUCUUACCAACCUUGGUCUGGUUAGCGACAGCCCCAACACCGAACGAUGCGUCCAGCAGUAUGGGUCACAGCUAUCGCUUCCUUCCGUGUCGCCCACCAAACUCUCGCAGUGUACGCUUUCGGAAGGUGGUACACCAUCAGCAGUGUUACAGGCUACUCGAGUUCUGAUGAACCAGGCAAAAACGACCGCUAUCUCGGUGGCCAACGGGAUACAAGUUUGCCAACAGAGCAGCGGGACGUGCAACGAAAUGUACUUGUCGUCACUUGAGAAUUUUGCUGAACAGGCCUCAGGCCAGAUGAACAACAUAGCCAGCGUGGUUGAACAGCUUGCUCAAAUCGUGUCCAAAAGGAUGGAACUGUGCGCUUUGGCGACAACGAUAGGUAUCGGCGAAAACAUAGAAUUCAUCGGCAAUAAAUUCGAUGCUUGUCUGAUGACCGGACAGUGACGGGCUGAUGCGGUGUUGAUAAUAUUUAAUUUUGAUGACACUGCUGUUGUAGAACUGUGUUUAUUAGUUCAUCUCCUACUUCUUUGCCUAACAUCCUCACUGAAACAGAGUCUGCUGCUCAGCCUUUACAGCUGUGUCAAAAUUUCGAUUAUUAUCGAACAUUAAUGUACCUAAUGUACCGGAUUUUUCUUCGAAAAUGAUUAGUAUUUGGGCUAUAUAUUCAUAAUCGGAAAACUAGAAAAUAUUUCAUCGGCGAAAAUUUUUUCAUACAUUUUGUAUGGGACGUUUUUUGGGAUAAAAUAGUAAUUAUUGAUUUUUAGUAUGAAAAAUAGCCAAAAUCUCAGCUAACUCAAAAUUUCCCCGAUAGAAUAUUUUCAAAUUUUGCAUUUAUACAUUAUAGCCGGAAAUCUAACAUUCUAUGAAGAAAAAUCCGAGGUACAUGAAAGUUCGAUAAUCAUCAAAAUUUUGACACCGUGUAUGGGUAUUACUAUACUGGGCAGGGAUUUGAAAUGCCACGGAAUUCCAUGAAAAAAAAAAAACGGGCUGCAUUUUUUAAUUUCCACCACUUCCGGUGUUAAUUUCCAUCUGUUUGCAUCACCAUUCCAUAGUAAUGGUUGGUUAUGAAAAAUUAUUGAUGUCGUCAAUAAGCAUUUCUUACUAUGGAAUUAGCAAAUGAUAAAAUUACAUUUUUAAGACAUCUCUGUUACAGGGUCAAAUAAUUGAAGUGCAAUCAUCUGUUUGAUCACACAUGUUGCUAACGAAUGCAAUUGCACAGUGGUCCUGGGCCCAGAUCUACGAUGUAAGAUACAUUCAGAUACUUCAAAUGGUUUUUAAACGAACAGGGUUUCGAAUUACUUGGGCACCCGCGUCAAUUCCCGGCACCUCACAGCAAAACAAAUCAAAAUAUCAUGCCGCAUAUUUUCCAAACGCACUUCCAUAGGUAAUCAUCUCACACAACAUUUCCGCAACGAGAUCCACAGUCAGUGAGCUACAAGUUCACCUGCGUUCACUCUAAAGCCGCACAAGUGCUCAAAACAACAAUUAACGCAGACGAGUGCACUUCGUUAGUACGAAGAUGAGUACCGAAGUGAUUUCCCAUUUGAUUUUGCUGGAUGUUCGGCCCUGGUGCCGAGAAUUGACGCUGGACUAGGUGCAGUAAACUCGUUCAAAAUCAACUUUCCGGCCGAAAAUCUUCACAACAAUCACUGUUUACAAAAAGUUCAUGCAAUAAGGUAUCUGAUUCAGAUGGAAGGAGUGAACAAAAAUGGCCUUUUCGUUGUGAAUUUAGAUAAUGCACAAUUUUGUUUACCUGUAGUGCCGGAAUGGGGUCAAAACCCCUAUUGUCUUCUUCCACACCAAUGGUGUGUUCGACUAUAGUUAUAAACUGUUUUGUUGUGGGUUCUCAGUCUUGAUCAAAUCAAUAUGCUGUUAUUUUAUUUUGCGCAACGUUUCGGUCCAUUUGAGACUCUCUUCAGGGACUCAAAAGUUACAAUUUUCUCGUCCAGUAUGGUUCGGCAGAACCUGUAACUGUCGCAUGGAUCAAGUUUUCUCGCACAAUCGCAGUCAAUUCGUAGCCUCGUAGCCGUGCGGUUAGGGUCACCAAGCUUAUAAUCGCACCAUGCUAUGGGGUGAGGGUUAGAUUCCCGCUUCGGGCGUGGAAACUUUUCGUGAGAAUAGUUUCUUCCACGUUUCCACUGCACUGGUGCAUGCUCCGUUGUCCGUUGUCUAAUGUUAAGUUUAAAACAGUCUGUACAGCCGAAAGCUGAAGACGUUGUCCGUGUCUUUUGUAUGCCUUAUCGAAAAGAAACUGUGCGGUGACUGUGCGGGAAAACUCGAUCUCAGUGUUGCGAAGUGUCAGUAUCAACCGAUAUUUCUAGCUGAAAUUGAGAUGGGAAGGUUCAAAGCUUUUACCAUCAUUCAUGACGUCAAAUCCGGCAUGAAUCUAUCAUUGACCUAUUUAUAU